AUGGCCACCACUCCUCAAAUCCCCACUCGUGGUUCCCACAGGCCCUGUCGUUCCACCAAGACCGUGAGGAUGUUUGAUGGAUUGAACAAGACCAAGCGGGCCUGGGAUGGGCUUCGAAAGGACGACGAGCUUUGGAUGGAGGAUGCCGACUGUCUCGUCCAUCUCUACGCUCCUGGCUCCUCACGACGAGGUGCAAGCUUCAAGGUCCCACUCCAAAGGUUGCACGACACCGAAAGCCAAUACCUGCUGAAGAAGUGUCUGUACAAGCCAAGCUCAUCAAUCGAGGAAGAAGAUCACUCCGAUAGUGGGUAUGCAGCGUCAGACUCCAGCCACAACUCCAUCGAGCGGAAUGGACAAUGCCAUGAGAUGUAUGUUCCAGCUCCGAUGGAGCUGAGCAGGCAAGAAACAUUCCUGCAUCACAUCAACACUCGCAACUACUUUGCGUAUAUCAUGAACAAGCCCAUUGUUGGCGAGAGCUUUGGAACCGCCUUGAUACAUCUCUGGAGCAGAGUCGAGUCAUGGCAGUCGAAAAGUGCGACCGGCAAUGCUUUCCGAAAAUACCUUCAAGAGCAAGGCUACUUGAACUUUUCAGAAAACAUAGACUACGCCGCUGCAGCUCUAUUUUGGUCUGAGCAGGCUCGCGUCAAGGACGUUUGGAUCGAUGCUUUCGCUCACUGCGUUGGCAUGUACGAUCAGUCAGAUCGAGACGACAAGCUGAAGAUGUUGAGCACAUCUACUCGACAUCUCCUCCACAAGGCCUCACUCAAAAUGCAGUCGAAUGUUGCGCGAGCGACAAAGUCACUUGGAACAUUCCUCGAAGAGGAGCUAGGACCGGAAAACUUGGGUCUUUCAAAGGCCUCUCGAGAUCACCUCGAUCGAUUCCGGAGUGUGCUCCACUCCUUUUACGUUCACGAAUUCGGUUAUUUCCCACCUGCAUCAAAACAGACUUGGGAAAAGCGUAUGUGGAUUCGAAUCUACAGCGACUUCCACUGUCUGUACAAGUACCUCGCCGAUGUCAAGUCUGCGAAUGGCAUGACCAACAAUCACGGAUUGAACGGAGGCAUCUGCGUGACGCAGAACAUCAAGGCUUUUGAUGAGCGUCAUGGCUUCUCUUCACGGAGACACCCACUUCCCUUACUGCCGGUAACUACCACACGGAGACGCACUAUAGAUGCACGAAUGGGCCUGGGAAGUCUCAAACCAGGAGUACUAGGAUCCGCAGACGCAGAUCUCUUGAUGCAAGCUUCCAACACCAGCAGUCGUCGAGUGACGAGCAAUGCACUUGUUCAGGCAUACAUUCACUUUGAACUUCAAAGGCCUGCGGAGAGGGUGACAGCAGCGGAAGCUCGCAAGGUUCGAUGGCUGCUGGUGUAUGGUGUGCUGCAGAUGUUGAUCAGCGUCAUCAAGGCGCCGGUGGAGGUGCGCGAUUCYAAAACGCCCUCAUACCCACUGUGUGUAUCGACCGAAGACUUUCCAUCAUGGGAGGAGGAUACGCAAGAUCUUGCACAAGUCGAUCAGGUUGCUGCACGACUUUCCGCCGAAUUGGACGCCGUGAAAACGACCAUUGCAUCAGACGCCAGAACUCUCAUCCAACCUGACUGCGAAGCUCAGAGUGCCGAGGAUUAUUUCUCCUCCGAAAACUCAUCUCGUCGGAACUCUCUGAUGAGCGUGAGCAUGACGCCACAGCCUCUUCAUCCCAAUCUCCCUUCUCGCACAAGCUCGAUUAGGUCGAAUGUGACCUCGCUCCGUCGAUCAGUUGUUGGAAGCCUCACCCGUCGAAACAGCGUAACAGCGUCUUCCGGGAAAAACUACUCGACACCCGCCGCACCUUCCCGCAUCGCAAGACCCAGCCAAUACCGCGAAAUCCUCAUCGAAGGCUACGGUAAUGGCGCCUCUGUCAAGCCCACCUCCGUCAAGCCUACCUCCGUCAACUCCACCCCUGUCAAUCCCACCCCCGUCAACUCCACCUCCGCCAACUCCACCUCGAUCAACUCUACCUCCGUCAACUCAACCUCCGCCAACUCCACUUCUCGACCAGGGRGAAAUGUCUCAGGCCUUCACCUCAACACUCUCGUCGAAAACAUCCCUUCCGAACCGACGCAACGGCAACUUAGCUCCGCAUUCAGCCAAGUUUCCUCUUCGGGCUGGAGUCGUCGCAGCGCAGGGUCCACUGCUCCUUCAGUGUCCAACUCCAUCAGUGAGGGUGCCGAGUCGCCCAUGACCGAGUUAUCGGAAGAGGACGCUCUGGAACCCAAGACUUUGAUCAUCGCCCCUCCCAAUCCUUCUUCUUCAAACGCGAGCCCUGCAGAGGAGUUUGAAGGGUUUGAUUUUGGGUUGGGCAAGGGGAGGAAGAGUGUUGUUGUACCACCUCCGAGGACUAGCAGUAGAUUCUUCGGAAUCAUGCCGUCUCCGCGGACGAGUAGUAGACAUGUUGUUGUGAAGCAGAGGAAUGCGAGUGAGAGUAGUGUGGCUAGCUCGGUAUAUCCGGAGAGGAGCGUGCAGGCGGGGGAUAUUGCGGAGACGGAUGUUGGAGGAGGGUUGGGGAGGGGGAGGUAUGGACGUGUUUGA